UAUCUUCGUGUGAAUGUACUGGGCCUGGGCCUGUAUCUACCCGAACACUACGCGUCUUUCUCGUGCCUCGCUGACUGCUGCCAUUGCCUCGAGAGAGAGAGAGGGCGAGAGAGAUCGGGUUACGUAAUCCUCCCUCCAUUCUCCUGCGCGUAUCCACUCCUACCAGCACUCGCCCGUCUAACCAGUGACCACGGCCUCCAUACGCCACCCAAAGAAGCCUAGUCCCGCCGCGUCCCGUCGUGUCCCGCCGCGUCCAACCACGGUCCACUCCACAACACGUCCCCCCCUCCCCCUCCCUCACUCUCCUGCACCACACCACACCACCACCACUGCCACGACAUAACACGACCAAUGCCCCUCGAAAUCCAAGACUCCGAAGACUCCGGCGGCGACGGCUUCGACGGCUUCGACGACGCCGCACCCGCACCGACAAGCGGCGAAAUGCGGCUGUGCGCCAUCGAGGCGGCGAGGAUGCUGAUUGCGCCGUCUGUGUAUGAGACUGUUGCCGAUAGGGAAGGCGAGGGGGCGAGUGGCGGGGAGUAUGCGGCGGCGAUUGGCGGAGAGUAUGCGGGGGAGUACGCGGGAGUUGAUGGCGGACAGGAAACGAUCGGCGUGGAUGUUGCGGGGCAAGGAGCGGGGCCGAUUGAGGGGGGCAUUGCGGAACAGAUCGCGAGGGAGGUGGGUGAAGGGGAUGUGCGGGUCAAUGGGGACGCUCAGGCGGAGGGGGAUGUCUACAACCCGCCCGACGACGACGACGACUUUCUCCCGGCACCAGCGAAGAAGACGAAAGAGAAGGCGAAGAAGUCUGCCGCAACGGAAGCGGGACGACCGCGAACCAUGGGCAACGAUUCGGACAGCGAUUUCGGCGCCCCCAAGAAGAAGCCUGCGAAAAAGACGAAACCCAAGCCCAAGCAGCGCUCCAGAACCGCUCCACAUCCGAUCAUCAUCUCCGACGACUUUGCCCCCGCCACUACCGGGAAGCCGCGCUCCAUAACUGCUCCGCAUCCGAUCGUCAUCUCCGACUCCGACGUUGCCCCCGCCACUACUACGAAACCGCGCGCCAAAACCGAGAUCAAGCGAAAGCGAGAUCUGACCAGGGAGCUGCAGGAUUUCCUGCCGUUACCUUCGCCCCCCUUUGCCAUAGAAAUCCAACAGGGUCAGGUGCAGGCUACUGGUGCGCUGCCUGAUUAUAUGGGCUUGGGCGAUGGCGGGAGCCCGAUGAGCACCAUCCCCGAUCCGCCGGAGAUGUGGGCGGGAUUGGGUGUUGGAGAGGUUGGAGGUGGUGUGGAUAGUGAUGGUGGUGCUGGGGGCAUGCGGAUUGCGUCAGAGUGGAGGGCGGCGAAGGCGAAGGGACGACAGAAUCUUUCCGACAAGCCUGUGAGGCAGUCGCCAGUGCUAGUGCCAGUCGCGGAUGGGAAUGCGGAGCAGAAGCAGAGAAAACCUACUCCUAAAAGGCCUACUAAGGAGAGGAAGAAGAAGGAACAGAACGAGGAUCCGCCGCUGCCCGUCGUUGAUAAUAACAUUCUCACGACGGAACAUGAAGUCACGAUGGAACUCAAUGUCAACCCUGACCCUGCACCCGCACCUACAGCUACGAUGGUAGCUGACUCGGACGGUGAUAUGGAUGCACCGUUGUCUUCGCCGCCGCUAUCGCCUGUUGAGCCCUUGAGUAAGAAGAAAUCAAAGCCCCCCAAAGAAGAUGAGGGAUACGGAGAUAGCAUUGCGGUUGCUCCUGCCGCCGCGCCGGUGAAGCGGAAACGAACGACUUCAAAGAAAGACGAUGCUCCGGUUGAUGACGGAGAUGGCGGAGAGUGGAAUGGGGAGAACCCGAAGGCUACAGCGAAGCGAAAGCGGACGACGGCUGCUGAGAGGGCACAGUCACGGCUAGAGGCGAAUGAGCCCGAAGAGAAGAUGGAUACCAUUGAGCAGGACCCCGCCCCCGCUCCUGAAGCCAUUGAAGACGUCCCUGCUGCCCUCGCACCAGAGCCCGCUCCCGCCAAACCCAAAGCCGCGGCUAAGCGUAAGCGCACCAAAACUGCUGAUCCUCCAGCUGAUCCUGAGGACACCAUUCCUCCUCCCGCCCCGGUCGAAGAGGAAGAGCUGCGAACCCCCAUCCCACCCCCAGUCACCCCAGAGACCAGCAAGAAGAAGAAGCAGCUGCACUCGCCACUGAAGAGCGGGAAGGUGCCAUACCGCGUUGGUCUCUCCAAGCGCGCGAGGAUCGAGCCGCUGCUUAGUGUUCGGCCGAGAGAGAAGAAGCGAGAUGCGUGAGUGACUUGGUUGACUUGAUUGACUUGAAUGAUUUGUGGCGUUUACUCUUUACUGGUGUUGGGUGCUAUAUUUACUGGCUUUUACUGGCUUUUACUCUGCUUUUGCUAUGCUACUUGUUCGGGAAUUGUGAUAGAUGGAUGCCAUGCCAUGCGAUGAGAUGCGAUAGGAGUUGCUUGGUGGUAAUUACGCGAGUGCAUUUCGUUUGGCGGGGAGCUACUGAUUUGAUGGAGUUUACUUCUACCUGCUAAUUUACAUUACUCUAUAUGGUGUGGUAAUGGUAACUGGUUGGCUUUGAUGGCCGUUGCUUACCUAGUAUGUAACGAAUGCCAUUUGCUCCCAGCCUUGAUCAC